CGCCCGGCCGACAAUUUUUUUUUUAAAGAAAUAGGGUUUCUGGUUCUGUUGCCCAGGUUGAGCUGGAAGUCUUGGGCUCAAGAGAUCUUCCUGUCUUACCCUUCUGGGUACUUAGGGCUGAUGGGAGCUGAUGCAUCCGUCUUUCUCCCUUUUUUUCAUUUUUGGGGGACAGUGUAGCCGAGGAUGUCCUUGAUUGAACUUCUGAUCCUGUUUUUCCCACCUCCAGAGUGGAGGAUUUCAGGUGUGCAUCACACUCUCCCUAAAUGUUUAACCAAGGGACUUAAUGGACAAGGACUACAUAGGAAGGGAAUGGUUGGCUCAUUCCACCCCUUCCUGUUCAUUUUAUACAUCUGGGUAUGGGCAGACCUGGGAAACUUAUACGGCUUUAAACGACUCAAAACUUGUACUUGCUCCUCCUCCACAGUAGGUCAACUCCCAGUGAGGGAGUGGCGCGAAUGCUAAGGCCCACUUUUGGGGUGAGCGUGCCUUCCCAGGAUGGCCUCUUUCUAAGCCCUCUUUCAUUUUCUUCCAGUCUCCGCUGGAAUGAGUCCCGGCUCAUCCCUGCCUGCACUGGUGGCAGAAAACGGAUUGAUCCCCGGGCGGCAGGAAGCGAGGGUUUGUCUCCGCAGCAGUCCGAGAGCGAGGUUUGCGUAACCUGGCACUGCCCACCGCAGGGCCAACAGCUAGGGCGGAAGAGCAGAGCAAAACGCUCAGUGGCGACGGCCAACGCGCUACGCCGGCGCGUCUUCAAAGCUCAGCAAGGCCGCUGGGAAGCCGCGGUGCCGCGCAGGCGCCGACCUCCCCUUCCGGUCGCUGCGCUUCCCAGAAAGCCCUGCAACAUUCCAGCGCCACGGAAGCUGCGGACGAGUUCGCGGGCCUCAAAGGGCUUAGCGCGGAAACGCGCUGCAUUAUGGAACACAGAGUUUAAUAGAAAGCCUGGUCGUGAGCACUCCCGACCGAGUUUGCGGUUACCUUUUCCAGGGGCGGGGGGCGGGGCAAGUAAGAGCCGAUACCGAUUUCGUCAUAAAACAGCGACCGGACAGGCGGCGCCAUCUUCGAACUUGGACUUCCGGAAGGACUUUGGCGCGGGGCAGCCAUUUUGGGGGGUGCUGAUGGAUACCUGCGGGGUCGGCUAUGUUGCCUUGGGGGAGGCCGACCCCGUGGGGAACAUGAUUGUGGUAGACUCUCCUGGACAAGAAGAUCUAAACCAGCUUGAUGUCAAGGCCUCCUCCGAAACCACCAGUGUGGAGGCGUCCAUCGAAAUGUCAUUGCCCGCUCCUUUGCCUGGAUUUGAGGACUCUUCUGACAAGAGGAGGCUUCCUCCAGAGCCGGAAAGUCUUACCAGGCUGGAGCCACAAGAUCUUUCUUCAGAGAUGUCAAAGGUCCCAAACCCUAGGGCCUCAAAGCCUGCCGGAAAGAGAGGUGGUAGGACACCAAAAGGCCCUAAAAGGCCCCAGCAGCGUAAACCUCCAUCCGCCCCUCUGGUUCCUGGUCUUUUAGAUCAAUCCAACCCUCUAUCUGCCCCCAUGCCUAAGAAACGAAGUCAAAAGUCCAAGGGAGACCUGCUACUGCUGAAGUUGUCCAAAGGCCUAGAUCAGCCAGAGUCUCCACAUCCAAAGAGACCCCCUGAGGACUUUGAGACCCCUUCUGGGGAACGACCCCGCCGAAGGGCUGCCCAAGUGGUGUCGCCACCUAACCCAGGCUGGCCUCGAACUUGUGGUCCUCCCACCUCAGCCUCCCGAGUGCUGGGAUUGCAGGCGUGUGCCACCACACCUGGCUCUCCAUCACAUUUUUCACAGACUUCCCCCAGGGCACUUCUGUAUCUUCAGGAACUGGCUGAAGAGCUCUCAACAGCCUUGCCCACUCCAGUGUCUGGUGGUCCUCCUAAGAGUCCCAAGGUGAGCAGCCCCACCAAACCGAAGAAGAUGCGGCAGCAGGCAGCCUGUCAGGGUGAAGAGGACACUACCACUCGGGAUGAAGACUUUGUUCUCCAGGUUGAGGCUGAAGAUGAGGAAGAAAGUGAAGCCCCAAGUGAGAACUCAUCUGACCCUGAGCCUGUUGCACCCCGAAGCACCCCACGAGGACCUACUUCAGGGAAGCAGAAACCACACUGCCGGGGCAUGGCUCCCAAUGGUUUACCCAAUUACAUCAUGGCUCCUGUUUGGAAGUGCCUCCACCUCACCAAGGACCUCCGAGAACAGCAGCAUUCGUUCUGGGAGUUUGCUGAAUGGAUUCCUGUAGCCUGGAAGUGGCACUUGUUAUCUGAACUUGAAGCAGCUCCCUACCUGCCCCAGGAGGAGAAGUCUCCACUGUUCUCUGUACAUCGUGAAGGGAUUCCUGAGGAUGGCACAAUCUACCGAAUAAACAGAUUUAGCUCAAUCACAGCACAUCCAGAGCGCUGGGAUGUGUCCUUCUUCACAGGAGGACCACUCUGGGCUCUGGACUGGUGCCCAGUGCCUGAAGGGUCAGCAGCCUCACAGUAUGUGGCCCUUUUCUCCAGCCCUGACAUGAAUGAGACACACCCACUGAGCCAGCUUCAUUCAGGCCCUGGGCUGCUGCAGCUCUGGGGCCUUGGGACAUUGCAGCAAGAAAGCUGUCCUGGCAACAGGGCCCACUUUGUCUAUGGGAUUGCUUGUGACAAUGGCUGUAUCUGGGACCUCAAGUUCUGCCCCAGCGGAGCGUGGGAGCAUCCAGAAACUCUUCGGAAGGCUCCUCUCUUGCCCCGGUUGGGUCUCUUGGCUCUUGCCUGCUCAGAUGGGAAGGUGCUGUUAUUCAGUCUGCCACAUCCUGAAGCCCUGUUGGCUCAGCAGCCCCCAGAUGCUAUGAAGCCUGCCAUCUAUAAGGUACAAUGUUUGGCAACCCUUCAGGUGGGAUCUGUGCAAGCUUCAGAUCCCUCUGAGUGUGGUCAGUGCCUUAGCCUGGCCUGGAUGCCUACCAGGCCCCACCACCACCUGGCUGCUGGAUAUUAUAAUGGAAUGGUGGUUUUCUGGAACCUUCCCACUAACUCACCUCUCCAACGGAUACGGCUCUCAGAUGGCUCCUUAAAGCUCUACCCCUUUCAGUGUUUUCUAGCCCAUGACCAGGCUGUACGUACAAUUCAGUGGUGCAAAGCUAACAGUCAUUUCCUGGUCUCUGCAGGGAGUGACCGGAAAAUCAAAUUCUGGGAUCUUCGACGACCUUAUGAACCAAUAAACUGUAUCAAGCGCUUCUUGAGUACAGAACUAUCCUGGCUGCUUCCCUACAAUGGUGUCACCGUGGCUCAGGACAACUGCUAUGCCUCCUAUGGUCUCUGUGGAAUUCAUUAUAUUGAUGCUGGUUACCUUGGUUUUAAAGCCUACUUCACUGCUCCUCGAAAAGGCACUGUCUGGAGUCUUUCAGGUUCUGACUGGCUCGGGACAGUAGCGGCAGGAGAUAUAUCUGGGGAGCUCAUUGCAGCUAUAUUGCCUGAUAUGGCGUCGAACCCAAUCAAUGUCAAGAAGCCUGCAGAAAGGAGAUUUCCUAUAUAUAAAGCAGAUCUGAUACCAUACCAGGACAGUCCAGAAGAUCAAGAUUACUCUUCUGCUUCAUCUGAGGCCCCCAAUCCUCCCAAAGCUAGAACAUACACUGAAACCAUCAACCACCACUACUUGCUCUUUCAAGAUACAGAUUUGAGUUCCUUCCACAAUCUGCUCCGUAGAGAACCAAUGCUGCGCAUGCAGGAAGGAGAGGGACAUUCUCAGCUUUGCCUCGACAGGCUGCAGCUGGAGGCUAUUCAUAAGGUACGUUUCAGCCCAAACCUGGACUCCUACGGAUGGCUGGUAUCUGGGGGGCAGUCAGGGCUGGUUCGGAUCCAUUUUAUCCGUGGACUCACCUCCCCGCUGGCCCAUCGUGUGCAGCUUGAAAGCCGAGCCCACUUCAAUGCUAUGUUCCAACCAUCCUUUCCAACUGAAGGGCCUGGUUUCUCUCCAGCCAGCCAUUGCCUUCUGCCCAAUCCCUAGUCUGGUCCAAACAGGACCCUUGGAUUGAAGUCUACCAAGAACAAAUGGUCCCCAUGCAUAGAGCAUAGGAACUGGGCCCUUGGACAGUGAUGGUGCCAGGCCUGGAUCUUUAGGCCUACCUGCCCAGGACUCCUUAAAUCCCUCUCCUUCCACAGACUUCUAUGGUCACAGCCCCCUGCGGGUAGGGGGGCUCUCCCUCCACAAUGAUCCUCUGCCUAAAACCAUGGCUCAUAAGAAACACUCAGGCCUGACCUAGGCUUGGGAGUCAAAUUGCUCAUAUUGAGCAUAUUGUGAAGGAGGUAAAGCUAAGUAAAGGUACUGGGUGUUUUUGAGACCACUUGUGAGUGGGUGUUUGGAGAAUCGGAAAGGUAUCUUCAUGAAGGCUUCUGUAUAUUUCCAGGAUACAAUGUUAUUGCCUUCCAAACUUCUCUUUAGAAUAACCAACACACAGGCCCAAUGGGGGUGACAGUAACUUAUUGUACUGAAGCUGCUCAUAAUACUUCUUUAACUGAGGACCACCACAAACACCCUACCAGUAGAAGAACAGUGACUUAGCUAUUGUUCCUGCUUGUGAAAUAUUCUCAAUCAUUGAUCAUUUGACCCCACUUGAACACUCAUAGAUAGUGGUGUUUUUAAAAACUUUAAAGCUGGUCAUGGUGGUCCACACCUGUAAUCCCAGCAUUUGGGAGGCUGAGGCAGAAGGAUCACAAGUUUGAUUGCAGCCUGGGCUAUAUAGUGAGACUCUGUCUCAUAAAACCAAAAAGAAAAAAAAAUCUUCCUUUAUAUCACGUCAGAGUAUACCUCUAUUAAUUUUACUAGUGGGUGUUAGGAAACCUAAUCAUUCUUCCCUGUGAUUGCCCUUUUAAGUACUUAACAAUAGCUAUCAUGUGUUUUCCAACUCAUUUUUCUUCUAGAUUAAAUAUCUUUAGUUAUUUCAA